UGAAUAACAUAUACCCAAUCAAUAAGAAUCAAGUUAUACGAACAGUAUCCAAAACUAAUGAACAAUCUAUAUUCAUAUUCAUGCUUCAGAGAGAAAUUUGACUAUAAAAGAGACUGAACUUCCAGCCAUCUUACCUUUCUCUAUCUCAUACAUCCGCUACUUUACAUUCAUCGAGAAGAGACCCAAACAUUGCACAUUCAAUAGCUUUGCAAAUAUUCACAGCCUUGUUACUUCUAUCAUGUCUUCGAUACAGCCCAACAAAGAGGGAAAGAUACUCGCUACAAUGGGGAAAUAUAUUGACAAGCUCAGCGCUCCUGUAACUGUCAGUUUCGAUCCUAAACGAGCAGUUAGAUGCGAAGAUGGCUAUCGCAGAAUUCUGGCCAUCAUUAAAGAUUACUCCCAUAGGCCUGGACACAUCAACGGCAAAACCCUUAGAUCUGGACCAGACGAGGUGUUCCAGCGACUUCACCACACCCAAUUCCAAGACAUUGGAGCAUCGAUGGAAGCGAAUGUCCGUUACAAAAGAUACCUUCUUGACACACAACAUGGUUUUCCCCAGGCCUGUGCCCUCGCAGUUUGGCUUUCCUCAGGGAUACAACCUCAUCAGUCUUGGUCUCCGUCUAGUGGCGUCAACUUUCGACUAUGAUGAAGCAAUUCCACACAUUCAGUUGACAGAAUAUACCUGGCGACCGUUGAGCCUCAAGACGUUCCCUUAUCUUCAAGAGUUUGCUAUGCUGUGCCUUCGACCUAUCAGCUGCAACUACCAAGAAAUUGCAUUCACUGGUGAGGAUCUGGUGAACGGGCUAUUUUCUUAUACAAUUGUCCGUCUAUGGAUCGUUGGACAACGACGUGGUCGAUAUAGGAUGCCACGAGAAGAGCUUGGAUGGACGAAGCUGGACUUGUAUUCAGAGUUUCGUGAUCACCGUCUCAACAGAAUCCGAGACUUGUGGGUGCUGACUCGAAUGAGACUAGAGAACCCGAUUCGAGAGGAGGCAUGUGAGAUGUAUGUCUGAUCAACACAGGGUGAGUAUUUUGUGGUGUAUUUGAAAGCACGAGGAUGGGGGUUGGAGUUGGAGUUGGAGUUGCUUUGCUUGGUGCGUUAGAUGUAACGCUGGCCGUUACUCUUGCUUGGUAUUUGAUUUGAUUUGCUAGCUGGCUGACC